AAUCUAUUCAAUCUCACAAUGUAGACAUAGUUUUCCAUUGUCAUUGAGCCAAUGUCUCACAUUUGUCAUCCCAAACAUACUAAAAAAUAAGCUAGAACGGAAUACAAGUUUCUAGGUUAACCUAAAGAAAUCAAGACAACCUUGGAGUAAUUUGUAAGUCUAAUCAUUUAGAAAGAGAAGAUCUAAUUGUGAUAAAUAGUUUGUUAAGAUCAAAGAUUACUGGAGAACAAGAGAACCCUCACAUAAAAGGCAAAUGGGGCAGGCAGCCUUUUAAUCUCAAACACUGUCAAAUUUAGAUCCGCUGUUUCUGGGAAUAUGAAGUCACCCUCCAAACACACAGUUUGUACAAAGGGGGGAAUGACUCUGAGUUAGCCAUCAGUCCAUUUUCCGCCCGCCAUAAAUGCUUGCAUUCAACAUAUUUGCCUGCUCAGGAUAUUGCGAGAGUGACCACUCUUCUCGGGAGCCCCUGAAAUUGAACUGAAAAAUCAAUGCUUUUGGAAAGUUUAAACCUGCACGCCACCUCACUCUCAUGCAUGCUUUUGCAGAGUUCAGAAGAUUAUUUUACAUUGAUCAUGCAUUCAAUGAUGGUCGGUAUCAUAAAGAGUGAAGAUAAAAAGUGUAGGAAUCACGACCCUCCACAAUGGAAUAUCAUAUUUUGAGUAUAAGCUCUUAUGGCUUUACUUUUCGUUUCCUCAAAAAGCCUCGUAUCAAUGAAAUGUAUUCCUUACUUAUUAGCCAAUGUAGGACUCUCUCCAACGAUUCUCUGUUAAGAAUCACGAAUCUUCACAAUUGUAUGAUAUUGUCCACUUUGAGCAUACGCUCUCAUAUCUUUGUUUUUUGUUUGCCCAAAAGACCUCGUACCAAUGAAGAUGUAUUCCUUAUUUAUAAACUCAUCAUCAAUUCCCUCAACACUUCUUUUCGGGCGUUGUAACUGUAGACAUAGCAGUUCCAUAAUUAAUAACCCUGAAAAUUCGCCACAAAACAUGCCAAUUUAUCACCACAAGAAAAUUGUUGUUCUGUUCCGUCAGUUGAUAGAAAUUAUAACAGAAACAAAGAAAGAGAAGCCUGCAUUUACUAUGAAAACAAUGACAAUGGUUCACAUGACAGGCAGUGGCUUCCUUUGCUCGGAACUCACGAGCAAUUCCCAUCCCCACAUUCUCAAUAAGAUAUGUAAAUCCACUGCCACCAUUGAAACUCUCAACUGUCAUUUUACACAUGCAUGAGCUAGCACCUUGUUGUGUCCCUCAAAUUAAAAGCCUGAAGUAGAACUGUAGCAUAAAGGGAAAAAGAAUUGACUCAGUAGACUAAACUUAACCAACUGAACUAACUCGAUCUAAGUUUCACACGCCAUAAUGUAAAUGAAUUGUAUGGUUGAGUGUUAUUUCUUCUUGUUUCAGUAACACCCACCUUUGAAAGGAAGAUUAGUGAGUGUUAAUUUUUGUUGUGGGCAUGAUUGGUGAUCUUUCUGAGCAUGCGCUGGGCAGGUGGGCCUGUUGUACAUCAAGCAGUCGGGAAGGAAAGGUACAUAUCAUUAUGCAUAAAGCAUCAAAUUAUGGAAAGCUAUACAGCACUCAGCAGACAGAUGGGUUGAUGGUCUCUUGUUUAUUGCAGCUUUUGUAACCAAGCAACCAAAAUUUCAUUGAUCAACAGGAAAAGAUUGUAAAUUCUUGAAAUUUCAGCAACAUAAAUCAAUCUCACCAAUAUGAAUGAGGUAAUAUUUUGGUGGCCACGCUUUUGCAUUUUCCAAAUCCUAAUGAAUGAUAAUGCAGCUUUGAAACCCAAUUAUGCUUAAAGAAACAGCCGAAAUCACUCUGUUCUGUCACAGUGACACAAGUGGCCAUAUCCUUGGUAUGUGUCAUUUGCUUAAUGCAAGUUUUCUCAUAGUUUUUCGUUGCCAAGCUUUUCUUCGGGGCCCGUUUCCUUUUUCCCUUGGCCUCUGACAAACCAAACCCAAUCUUUCAGUUUUUCAUGUCAGCUUAACUCUCUACACGUAUUGUGUUCAUAUAAAGGGAACGCAAAGCAGCAACUUGAGUAGGAACGAGAAGAGUUGGGUGGGAUGGGGAAGUACAAGUUUAGGCUGUCAGGUAUGAUACCAAAUGCCUGGUUUUAUAAGCUCAAAGACAUGGGCAGCAACAGAUCAAAGCAUAACUCCUCUCAAUCUCAAUCCAGCUCCAAGAAAAAUCUCAAGUCUAGGACCAUGUCGCAGCAGAAACCUCACGUCUUGCAGCCAUUUUACUUCACUGAGUUCAUCCCAAAACUUCGUGGAUUAGACAACUCACCUGUUAACCAGAACUUCUCAGGCACCCAUUUUCCUGAUCCAGCCAGAAAAUCAUCGAAGAGAAGAUCCAGGAGGAAAACCAUUUACAAGCCUUCCCCAAGGGUUGUCAACCCCGUCUCAGCUACCUGCAUUUGUCACAUCUCUCCCAAUUCAGUUGGAACUCUGCUUCGUUCUCCAGAUUCCUCAUUUUCUUCUAUAGAGUGCUCCCCUGGAACUGAGGCCUAUGAAUCCAGUCUCUCUGAAGCAGAAGGUGCCAACACAUUUUCUUCGGACUCCUUUGAUGAUGUAGCCUCAUGGUCCAGCUCCUGCAAAUGCACGGUCAGAUCUUCAAACAAUGAUAUCAUCAUAGACAUGAAUGAUGAAUUGGUUGGAAGAAAAACUGAAAAGCUACAUCUACAUGAGUCCAACUGGGUCAGAGAGAUGAAUCAGCUUCCUCCAAUAUUGAGGAAGCCAAUGUCAAUCAAACAAAAGGCUAGUAAGGCCGCCAACUUAAGAAGUUCAUCCAAGUGGAAAGAAAUACAAGAAAACCAAUCCCUCUAUGUCAAAACGGAGGAGGAAAACAUCAGAAAUGUGGAGAAACUAAAAACCAGUUUUGUUGCUCGAAAGUCAUCUGCAAGUUCGAUAAGUGUAAAACUGAGAGCCAAUUCGCCGAGGAUUGCUAGGAGAAGGAUUCAGGGACAUGCAAGAAGGAGUCUGUCAUCCAGAAGUGAACUGAAGAGCAAGAAUAGUUGCCUUUCGGAGAGCAUUGCAAUGGUCAAGACAUCACAUAACCCUCAAGAGGACUUCAGGGAAUCAAUGGUAGAGAUGAUUAUUGAGAAUAACAUCAGGAGUUCCAAGGAUUUAGAAGAUCUUCUUGCUUGCUACCUCAUUCUGAACUCUGACGAAUAUCAUAAUCUCAUCAUCAAGACUUUUGAGCAAAUUUGGGUUGAUAUGGCUGAACUUCAUAUCUGAAAGCAUCUCAGAUAAUGAAAUACUAGAAAUACGUAUAUUCUAUCUGCUAAAAUAAGACACAUGUAGGUUUGUUUUUCUCCCUUCCUCCACUUCUUAAGUGGCUUUUGCUAAUAAGUAAUAUCAAACUUCUAUCAAAGCAGGUUGUCAACCUCGAGCUGUAGCCAGUAUAUUAUGUUUGUGUUAUUACCAAAUCUAUGAGAUAUGUGGCCUUUUCUACA